AUGCACGAAGGAGAAUUAAAACCUCUGCCUGCUCAUCUUGAGUAUGCUUAUUUAGGAACAGGGAAAGAGUUACCAGUUAUCAUUGCGACAGAUCUUUCAGAGAGACAAAAAGAACAACUGAUAACAGUGCUGAAAAGGAACAAAGAAGCUAUAGUGGAUUAUGUCUCCAAAUGGGUCGAAGCAGAAGCACUUCGGAACAAUGAUGCAAGAAGUGUAACAAGAUUUCUAAAGAGAUUGUUCACAAGAUUUGGAGUACCACGGAUUGUGAUUAGCGAUAGGGGGACACACUUCCGGAAUGUACCCAUUCGGAGAUUACUUCAAAAGCAAGGUAUACAACAUCGGGGAGGAAUCCCGUAUCAUCCUCAGACUACCGGGCAAGUUGAGAAUGCAAAUAGAGAUAUCAAGGCCAUAUUGGAAAAGACAGUGGCUCGGCAUAGAAAGGAUUGUGUUGACAAGCUUAACGAUGCAUUAUGGGCCUUCCGGACUGCUUAUAAGACGCCGAUAGGUACUACUCCAUACAGAUUGGUAUAUGGCAAGGCAUGUCAUCUCCUGGUUGAGAUCGAACACAAGGCCUAUUGGGCUAUCAAAAAACUAAAUGAAGAUCUAUUCAUAGCGGGCUAA